AUGGUCGAUCGCCCCAACAAGCCCAGCGCCUUGUCCAGCACGCCCGGCCUCAACCCCCAGGCCCAGGUCAGCAUCUCACACGGCAGCUCCCGCGUCACUGCGGUCCUGCCCACGGGACAGAGCGUCGAGGUCCACCUGUACGGCGCCACCGUCCUCAGCUGGAAGGACAGCCGCGGCCAGGAACAGCUCUGGCUGAGCGAGACGACCAAGCUCGACGGCUCCAAGGCGAUACGCGGCGGCAUCCCCCUGGUGUUCCCUGUCUUUGGCCCGUCGCCCCCUGACCACCCUGCCACCGCACAGCUGCCCCAGCACGGCUUCGCCCGCACCUCGCGCUGGGAGUUCCUCGGAAAGUCGACGUCCGAGUCGUCCGAGGUCUUCCAGUCCUCCCGGGGCCAGUCCUCGGCCGAGGUCGCCACGGCCGACCUGUCGGUCAAGCUCGACUUUGGCCUGUCGUCGGGCAACCUCGAGCCCGAGGUGCGCAAGCUGUGGCCCCACGCCUUUGGCCUCAUCUACAGCGUCACCCUGGGCUGCAACAGCCUGAGCACGAGCCUCGUCGUGACCAACGAGGACGACAAGCCGUUUGACUUCCAGGUCCUGUUCCACACUUACUUUGGCAUCAGCGACAUCAACAAGACCGAGAUUGCCGGCCUCGACAAGGCCGAGUACCUCGACAAGACGGAGGGCUACGCCGCCAAGACGCAGUCGGCCAACGUGUCCUUCACGCGCGAGACGGACCGCGUGUACACGCCUGUCGGCGGGCCCCGGGAGCCCGUCAGCAUCGUCGAGAGCGGCAAGAAGCGCUUCGACGUGGUGCGCGACAAUCUCGGCGACGUGGUCGUCUGGAACCCCUGGCAGGACAAGGCGGCGGGCAUGGCCGACUUUGGCCCCGACGACGGCUACAAGAAGAUGGUCUGCGUCGAGGCCGGCUCCGUCCGCGGCUGGCAGGUGCUCGAGCCCGGCGACGCGUUCGAGUGCGCGCAGACCAUCGUCCCGCAGUGA